CAUCAAAGGGAAUUCAAAGCCGCCACUUCCCCCGAGUUGUGACUCAGAGUCACCCACCAGCCACCCCCACCCGACCUGAUCAUCACCUUGUCUUGUAUUAGCCCCCUGCAGCAGCAGCAGCAGCAGCAGCAGCAGCAGACGCGCAGAGAGAGAAUCUGAGGGGGAGCCAUGGCAGAGAACGGCGGCGCAGUCCACCUCGAGCGCAAGCUCCGGCUCAGGCUCGAGCCGCCGCCUCCGCUCCCGACCGCCCUCCGCCGCCGGCACUCGAUCGCCGCCCCCACCGCCCCGCCCCCCCGCCCCCGCCAAGCCCCCGCCCAGUCCCUCAGCUUCCCCAACGGCACCUCCGCCUCCCACCCUCCCCUCCCUCCCCCGCUCGACCUCUCCGGCCACGACUUCCCUCCUACACCACCCUCCGGGACCUCCUCCCCCUCCCCGGCCGCCUCCUCCCCCCGCCGCCGCCGCCGCCGCGCCGCCGCCUCCCCGACCUCCGCCGCGAGCUCGUCCUACGAGAUAUCGAUCCGCAACCGCCUGGUGAACCGGGCCGCCUGGGCCUACCUCCGGCCGAUGUCGGCCUCCCCCCGAUGCGACGGGCCCCACCUCCUCCGCCGCCUCUGGCUCCGCCUCUCCGCCUGCCUCGGGUUCGUCCGCCGGGCCCUCGGCCGGAUCGCCAGCUUCUUCCUGCCGGUCCGCUCCGAUAGAUAGCCGUGGCGCCCCCCCGGCGUGACGUCGACGGCGUGGCUUUUUUUUCAUUGCUGACGUCACAGACAUGGCUCCCCCCGACCAUUCUCCGGUUCGUAUAAAUAUUUUUUUGAGCCUCUUAAUUUUUCUUUUUUAGCAUUUUUAUCCCAAGGUAAUGUCAUAAUACAUUGUAGUCUAUCUUUCCGAUUUUUAACCAGCUGGGUUUUUUACUGAA